AUGAGCAAAGGAAAGGUUUGUUUGGCAUAUUCUGGAGGUCUUGACACUUCUGUGAUUCUUGCGUGGCUGUUGGAGCAAGGGUACGAAGUCAUCGCUUUCAUGGCCGACGUUGGUCAGGAGGAGGACUUUGACGCUGCCCGCGAGAAGGCCAUGAAGAUCGGUGCUACCAAGUUCGUCGUCGAGGACGUCCGCAAGGAGUUCGUUGAAGAGCUCUGCUAUCCCGCCAUUGCCUCUAAUGCUAUCUACGAGAACGUUUACCUUUUGGGUACUUCUCUGGCCCGUCCCGUGAUUGCCCGCGCCCAGAUCAACGUCGCUGAGCGGGAGGGAUGCUUUGCCGUUUCGCACGGCUGCACCGGUAAGGGCAACGACCAGGUCCGUUUCGAGCUUGCCUUCUAUGCCCUCAAGCCUGAUGUCAAGGUCAUUGCUCCCUGGCGCGAUCCCGAUUUCAUUAAGCGGUUUGUCGGCCGCAAGGACCUGCUAGACUACUCUGCUGAGAAGGGCAUUCCGGUUGCCCAGACCAAAGCCAAGCCGUGGUCCACUGACGAGAACCUAGCCCACAUCUCUUUCGAGGCCGGUAUUCUUGAGGAUCCCGACACCACACCGCCCAAGGACAUGUGGAAGCUCACUGUUGAUCCUGAGGACGCUCCCAACACUCCUGAGAACUUUACCAUUUUCUUUGAGAACGGUCUGCCCUCGAAACUUGUCUACGACAAUGGCAAGGAGGUCACUGAGCCCGUUGAGCUGUUCUUGACCGCCAACAAGAUCGCCCGCCGCAACGGUGUGGGCCGCAUCGACAUUGUCGAGAACCGCUUCAUCGGCAUCAAGUCCCGUGGCUGCUACGAGACCCCCGGUUUGACUUUGCUGCGCACUGCCCACAUCGAUUUGGAGGGCCUGACCUUGGACCGGGAGGUUCGCCAGAUCCGCGACCAGUACGUCACUCCUACCUGGGCCCGCAUCCUGUACAACGGUCUCUACUUCUCCCCCGAGGGUGAGUACGUCCGUGCUUUGAUUGCUCCCUCGCAGAAGACCGUCAACGGUCAGGUCCGCAUGUCAGCCUACAAGGGCAACCUGAUUGUGCUCGGCCGCUCCUCGGAGACCGAGAAGCUCUACGAUGCCACCACUGCCUCCAUGGACGAGCUCACUGACUUUGAUCCCACCGACACCACCGGUUUCAUUGCUGUCCAGGCUAUCCGUAUCAAAAAGUACGGCGAGAGCAAGAUCGAGAAGGGUGAAAAGUUCUAA